UCCGGUAGUGAUGCCCUGCUGUCUGUUCACAGACCUUGGCCUGAAUGGAUCCUGAACAUGCAGCGGCACAGGGCAGCCCACUGAGCAACACAGGGCAGCCUCACUGUGGGUGACAUGGACUCCUGUGAGGAGCUUCACCGCAUGAUCGCCCCCGUCAUCCACCGCACGCCAUCACCAGCUGCAGUUGGCAAUGGAUCCAGGGACCACUGUGUACAGUCCGUCUGCCUUCAGUUACCCGUCCAGGAGUGAGACAGGGGCCAGGGCCGCUGAUACCUGGAAAGCUGCUGCCCUCACAUCUGAAUGCCCUGCGCGUGAGCCAUGGGGCCAAGAGGAGCCCACGGCGGUGGAGAGCCAGGCCCCGUUCAAAGAAGGCAGCCAGCAGCUCCAGAAGCAGCCGGCGGUGGGACAGUGGAAGCUGCUGGCAUCAUCCAGCGGUGGGAAGGAGCUGCCACAGUUGGAUCCUCGCUGCAGGGAGGCAGGUGGGGGAGACGACCAAUCCACGGCGCAGCUCAAUGUCUCCCGCCUGCGCAGCUCCUCAGUGGAGAUCCGUGAGAAGGGAUCAGAGUUCCUGAAGGAGGAGCUCCACAGAGCACAGAAGGAGCUGAAGCUGAAGGAUGAGGAAUGUGAGAGGCUGUCAAAGGUCAGAGAGCAGCUUGAGCAGGAGCUGGAGGAGCUGACUGCCAGUCUGUUCGAGGAAGCGCACAAGAUGGUAAGAGAUGCAAACACUAAGCAGGCAGCGUCAGAGAAGCAGCUGAGGGAGGCACGAGGAAAGAUCGACAUGCUGCAAGCAGAGGUAACUGCUUUGAAGACUCUGGUGAUCACUUCCACACCUUCCUCUCCAAACCGGGAGCUGCACCCCCAGCUCCAAAGUCCCUCCAAAACUGUCUUCAGGAAAGGGCACGGGCGGAACAAGAGCGCCAGCAGCGCAGUAGUCACAGCCACCAGCCAGAGCUUGCCCGUGGAGUCGGUCAGCAACGAGUGCAAAGAGUUUGGCGUGCCCACUCUCCUCUCUCUGCUCCUCUGUAUUGUCCCGGGGAAGGCCAUCCACAUCACCUACGAGCCAGGCUGGCAGGCCCUGGUGGCAGAUUCUUCCUCGUCAUCCUCCUUGCGGCAGCUCGCUGCAGGUCGACUCCAUCCUAUUCGCCGAGUUCCAGGCCUGGAAGGAAUCCCCGACUCUGGAAAAAUCCUGCUCCUUCCUGGAGAGGAUUUACCGGGAAGAUGUGGGGCCCUGCCUGGACUUCACCAAACAGGAGCUAUCAGAGCUAGUGCGGGAGGCCGUGGAGCAGAACACGCUCACCAUAGAGCCCGUGGCUACCCAGGCACUGCCCGUGGUGAAGGUGUCGGCGAUGGAAUGUGGCGGACCAAACGGGUUCCGGUCGCAAAUUGUAACGAAGUGCGCUCUGAGUGGCCUGUCCCGAGCCUGCAAACACCGCAUCAAGCUGGGGGAUUCUGGGAACUAUUAUUACAUCUCACCAUCCUGCAGGGCCAGGAUCACAGCCGUAUGCAACUUCUUCACCUACAUUCGCUACAUCCAGCAGGGCUUGGUGAGACAGGAUGUGGAGCUGAUGUACUGGGAAAUCAUGCGGCUCAGGAGGGAAAUGUCCAUGGCCAAGCUGGGCUUCUACCCCAGUGCGAUGUAGGCUGGGCCUCGCCGUCUGAAGGGAGCUGCCCCAGCACGAACGUCACAUACUCCAGCAGACAGACAGACUGAGGCAGCGCAUCUACACCGACGGGGUUCCCUCCUUCUCCCAGCCUGAUGUGAACCGCAGAGGGGAGGAGCAGAGUUCCCCCGUCCAAAGGCCUCCUUGCUGCCGUUCUCACAGUGACUAUGAGAUGCAGACACCCUCACCUCCCCCCAGAGAUGGGCUGGUCCUUUGAGCUCUGGGGGGUGGCCAGCACUAAGUUCUGUCCAUAGUGGACCCUUUUCUCUAUGCUGCCUAUAGCCAGUUUUUUUAAUUUUAUACACAAUCUUGCUUCUGCGGAUUCUCCGAGACCUGCUGUGCACGAGGAGGGUCCUGGGUUCCUCUGUUUGGCAGAGGGUCCUUUUGCACUGAACUGCAGCUGGGCCUUCCCACAUCCACCCCUCUGCCUGAGCGAGGCAGGGGUGCAGUAUUGCUCGGCUAUGCCCCCAGCAAAUGCCAGCACCGCACAGUAAUCUCACUGAGAGCCAUGCAAAGCAUGUUUUCCAAGUGCUUCCCUCGUCCUCUGGCAGUCACCUGUAGGAGUCACUUUCCAUUCGCUCAGUCACAAAGAGGGGUUUGAUUCUCUUUUCAGCUCAGGGUUUGGUUUUGUAACCCAGCUCAGAGCUGCCGCUGGGAGAGCUACAGCGUAGGCCAAAGCUCCGUGCCUGGGGCCUCAGUCGCAGUGCAAAUAGAAAUUGCAGAACAGAAACUUGGCCACAGCUAUGCUGAGGUUGGCUGUACUAGGCUGCAGACAGUGUCUCUUCAGGUCCUUGUGAGGCAGCAGUGCCCAGCUAUGGUCACUGCAGGAAUGAGCAUCUCCCUAUUGCUUUGCUAUAAACCCCAGCCAAGGACAGAUGCCUCCUAGCCACUCCUGUUUCUAGGCUGCGGCCUCAGGCAUUCACCUCCCUGCUGUCUCAAUAUAAACUCCAGCCUGGGGCUGUCUCCUCUCUGGCUUUUCUUAUAGCCCCCAACUCAGGCAGUUGCUACUCAGUGGCCAGUUAUAGGCUCUGGCCCUGGGCAUUCACUUCUGUGCUGCUCCAUUAUAGAUUAAGGCCAGAAGGAACCAUUAAAUCAUGUAGUCUGACCUCCUGUAUAACAGAAGCUGUAGAAUUUCACCCAGCGACUCCUGUAUUGGACCCGAGCCUUGCCAGUGCUUCGGGGUGAAAGUAACUUAAGGCACUUACUGGUACGCAGGGCAGCCGGGGUCCUGAGUAAGGUUCGGGGAGCGGGGCUGGGGCCAGACUCCCCUGGCCAGCCCUUCAUUUAAAGGGCCUGGGGCUCCUGGACGUCGCUGUCAAUGCUACCCCGGGGCUCCAGCAGUGAUUUAAAGGGCAGGGGGCUCCAGCUGCUACUGGGAGCCCCGGGCCCUUUUAAAUUGCUGGGCCCCAGGGAAGCUGCCCCCUGUGGUACGGUCGGCUGUGUACCGGCUCUUACCGGUACGCAGGACCGGACCGGCUUACUUUCACCUCUGCAGUGCUUUCUUAAUGGUCUCCCAGCUCCCCAGCAGGGAGCCCUGAGACACCACUGCAUGUGGGUGACAGCGCCUGGGGCAACCAUUUCCUAGGCCCCCCUGCAGCUCACAUCUCCCCUCCCACUGUCAUUAAUAUAGGAUCAUAUGCAGUAGUGCUGGGAGGGCCUAAUCCAAGGCUCAUUGAAAUCCUUGGGCUUCCAGUAGCUUGGGCUUAGACCUUAAAUAUUCAUGGUGCUUUACAGAACCUUGCAAAGCCAUGAUCCUUGCCUUGGAGUGUUUUUAUAAUUGAAUAAUUAACCUCGUCUACUAUGUCAUCGUCUUGGCUGCCAUCCUGUGCUGUUGUAUCAUCUCACCUGGCGCUGCUGAGCCGCGUUUCUCUGUGAUGUAACUCCACUGCCAUCAGCAGAGCCGCGAUUCAGCCCAUCGGCACCCAGACUCAGAUCGUCUGUGAUGUCAGAGCCUCUCCCCGGAGGAGCUGCUACACAAGUAACCUGAUCACGUGCAAAGGAAAACGCUGUGCCUGAGUCGCCUUCUGUUCUGCUUUGUGUUUGUCUGGGACAGGGAGGCAAAUGGCAAUAGAACCUCUGGGCUGUUUGCAGGUCAGCAGAUGCCUUGUUGCAUAAGAUGGGUCAGCAAUCCUGGGAAAGGCACUCCUUUCAUCACGCGAAUAUUGGCUGCACCCUGCUGCUCUGCCUGGUGGCCCUUGGUGCCACCCUGAUGGCAUACAGUGGCACUUGCAAGCAAAGGGUUGGUCAGUAAGUGAAACUCAAGUCCUGCUCCCCAGGAGGGUAGCUGGGAGGAGGAUGCUGGAAAUGCUCCCAUGGUACCUACCUCUUCCUGCUUAGAAUAGGGCUGGUCUAAAACACCAGCACCCAGUUGUGGCCCCACUGCUUGGCUCUGCUUCAGCAGCCAUGAGCCAUAGUGGGAUUGCAAGGUCUAAUUCCUCUUCAGCAACUGGGUGCCCUGGAAAUCCUCACUCUGAUCCUGGCUGAAAAAAUAUUAGCUGUUUUCUGCAAGGGAAGGUAUUUUACACUGUGAAUUACAGGCCUGGAGAGUGAGCGUUUAGGGACGAGCUAGGCUGGGUGCCAGCAUUUGGGCUGGUGUGAAUCAGCAUCUCUCUGAGGCCUUGGCUACACUGGUGCUGUACAGCGCUGCAACUUGCUGCGCUCAGGGGUGUGAAAACGCCCUCCCCCUCCCCGCGAGUGCAGCGCUGUAAAGCAUCAUGUGAUCAGAGCCUGCAGCGCUACAUGCUCACUCGCAGCGCUGCAAGCUACUCCCCUCGGAGAGGUGGAGUACAUACAGUGCUGCGAGAGCUCUGUUGCAGUGCUGGCGGCGCGACUACACUCGCGCUUCACAGCGCUGCCGCGGCAGCGCUGUGAAUUCCCGAGUGCAGCCAAGGCCUGAGUCCAGUGAAGCUAUUCUGAUUUACACCACCUGUGAUGAGGGAAAGCUGAGAAUGUCCUCCUCAGAGUCAGAUUUCAGCUCUUUCCUUGCAGUUCCACCUGGAUCUAUUUUGCUUUGGUUCCUGCUGUAAAUUGCUAUGUAAUGUUGUUGUGUGCUGUUAACCGGCUGCGGUGUUCCAGCUUGGAGGUCACUGCAGGUCAGCAGUGGGUGAGAUGAUCCUUCUGUGUAGAUUUUCCUAUCCGUUUGUAAAGUGCUUCGGAAUGAAAGGAGUUAGAGAACUGCAAGCUGUUAUUGGUCUAGACACUUUGUUUUAAAUGUAAGACAAAAACAAUGUGUUAAUUACUCUGAAAUUGCUCAAUUUAAACAGCAAGAUGGCUGCACUCUGCUCUUUAUAAAGGAAAAUAAAUCUUUGCCUAGAGGAAGAA